CUGGCUCUCUACACGGGACAUCAAGCUGCGGCUGCCCAGCAGGAAGCUCAGCCCAAGGCUGACCCCGGCCAGAUGGCCCCAGAACCGCCGCCACCCCUGGAAGUGGACGGCUUGCCUGCAUAUCAGGUGAAGGAGUUGCUGGACUCUCGGCGUAGAGGGGGUCAGCUCCAAUAUUUGGUGGACUGGGAGGGCUAUGGACCUGAGGAGAGGUCAUGGGUAGCCGCCAACGACAUUCUGGAUCCGUCUCUCAUAGAGGAAUUCCACCGAGCCAGACCCGACCGUCCAGCACCACGACCACGGGGACGUCCUCGUCGAGCUCCAGGAGUCGCUCCUAGAGGGAGGGGUUCUGUAAUGCCAAGCCAGCAGAGGGAGCCAUCACCCGAAUACUGACUGCGCGCUCCCUCUGCUGCUUCUACUGCUACUUCCUGUUUGGCAGUAUUUAAGGACUCACCAUGUGCUCACACAUUGUGAAGUAUUGCCAGUUUACCUGCCUUACCAAGCGUUUUCUGAUUACUCUGAUUUGUUUGCACGUGUAUGAUUCUGCCUCGUUUUCUGACUACCGAUUUCUUGGAUUACCCUUUCUGGAUUGUUGAACUGUGUGGACUGAUAUCAAGGUUUGACCUUAUUGCCUGGCUUUCUCACUACGAUUUACGGAUUACCCUUGGACUGUCGAAAGAGUGGACUGCUUUCUGGUUAACGACCCAUUGCCUGGUUUUACGUGUAUGUUUGCUGCUUUGUACAAUAAACCUCUGCAUAUGGAUUCUAA